AACCAUAUGAUAUGAUUUAAACAAGAGAGUUUAUAGUUUAGAGUGAGUGUAAGGAGAGAGCAAGAGAUGGCAAAGCCAGUGCAAAUUGAAGUUUGGAAUCCAAAUGGAAAAUACAGAGUUGUUAGCACAAAAUCUAUGCCUGGGACUAGAUGGAUUAAUCUUCUCAUUCAACAAGAUUGUCGUCUCGAAAUAUGCACUGAGAAGAAAACUAUUUUAUCAGUUGAUGACAUUCUUGCUCUUAUUGGCGAUAGGUGCGAUGGAGUCAUUGGCCAGUUGACAGAAGAUUGGGGAGAGACACUUUUCUCUGCAUUAAGCAAGGCUGGAGGGAAAGCUUUUAGUAACAUGGCUGUAGGAUACAACAAUGUUGAUGUCGAAGCUGCUAACAAGUAUGGUGUUGCUGUUGGAAAUACACCUGGAGUACUGACAGAGACUACAGCAGAGUUAGCGGCUUCACUUUCUUUAGCUGCAGCAAGAAGAAUUGUGGAGGCAGAUGAGUUCAUGAGAGCUGGAAAAUAUGAAGGAUGGCUUCCACAUUUGUUUGUGGGGAACUUACUUAAAGGACAAACGGUUGGCGUAAUUGGGGCUGGUCGUAUUGGAUCUGCUUAUGCUAGAAUGAUGGUUGAAGGCUUCAAAAUGAACUUGAUAUACUACGACCUGUAUCAAUCUACUCGUCUAGAAAAAUUUGUGACAGCCUAUGGUCAGUUUCUGAAAGCCAAUGGUGAACAACCUGUAACAUGGAAAAGAGCUUCAUCCAUGGAGGAGGUCCUCCAAGAGGCUGAUGUGAUAAGUCUACAUCCAAUCCUUGAUAAAACAACGUACCAUCUUGUGAACAAAGAACGGCUAGCACUGAUGAAGAAGGAAGCAAUACUUGUGAACUGUAGUAGGGGGCCCGUGGUUGAUGAAGUAGCUCUUGUUGAGCAUCUGAGGGAAAAUCCCAUGUUCCGUGUUGGCCUUGAUGUCUUUGAGGAUGAGCCCUACAUGAAACCCGGUCUUGCAGACAUGAAGAAUGCUGUUGUGGUGCCCCACAUAGCUUCUGCUUCUAAGUGGACUCGCGAGGGAAUGGCUACACUUGCUGCUCUGAAUGUCCUGGGAAAAAUUAAAGGGUAUCCAAUUUGGAGUAAUCCAAACAGUGUGGAGCCGUUCUUAAAUGAGAAUGCGUCGCCCCCUGCUGCAUGCCCGAGCAUUGUGAAUUCAAAAGCUUUAGGCUUACCUGCUUCAAAGCUGUGAAGUUGAAAUGUUUUAAGUGAUUCAACUUAUAUAUGUCAGACUAUUGGAAGGAGUUGAUAAUGUUUGCUAUAUAUCAUUUGUGUA